AUGAACUCUCCCGGCGAUUCAUCCUCUUCGGACUCGGGUACGCCUCCCCCUGAGCUUGAGGAGUCCCGCUUCGAGCCCUCCUAUGGUGAGGUGAACAUUCCCUCCCCGUCCAAGCGCCGCACCCCGUACAGCUCGGACCGCUCGGUACCCUUCUCACGCGACUCGAAGGCCAGGAGAAGGGAUGAUUAUGGGCGACAGAGGAUGAUGCACGUAGGGGGUGGCAGUCCUUGGGAUGCCCCAAGAGAGCCGCCAUCCAGAAAUAAGGAUGAGCUCGUCGACCAGCAGAUCGCCGAGCAGCUCCGUGCCCAAUUCGGUGACCCCUUUGAUGACAGCACUCUGAAAAGCAGCAAAUAACGUCAUGAAGCAGUGUGGCCACCCAACAUGUUGUACGGAUAGCAGUGGGAUCUAGCCCUUUCUCCGAGUCUCCCGGUUGUCAUGUAUCACCUCGUGUAGAAAUACCAAUUUGUGCAUUGGAUAACUACUGCGCAA